AUGAGAGGGUAAGUUGCUUUUGAAAGGUGUUCGUUUUUUCCAUCAGUUAGAUUUUUCUAUUUUUGAGAAUAGAAUUAUAAUAUUUGGUAUUAGAGCAUCAUGUUUCCUCAUUAGACAUAAGCAUAUUGUUUACAAGAAUAGGUAGAGUGCACGUGAAAGCUUCUGCAAGCGAUUCUUUUGAUGGAAACGCUUUGAAACGGUCGUUUACUGAAAAUACCAUUCGAUCUGCAAACUUAUUUGUUGCCCUAUCAAAUAACUUCAUUAUCAGUUCAUUCGUCGAGCAGUGAUGCUUAGUUUGGAUGUUUUAAAAUAGCAAUUCAUUAAUAUUUUUGACAGAAUUUAAAGUUCUAGGUAUUCUUUUUAGUAAUGCUUUAGUUUUAGGUAAUUUUAUGUAAAUUUUACGAAAAAUAUUUUUGUUUAGGUUUUCAGAAACAUUUUGCAGAUGAUAUUCUAAAUAACUUUAUUUUAAUACCUUAUAAUUUAAUUAUUUUUACAAUAUAAAACUUGAUUUUAAUUUCUCUGUUCAGACAUAUGUUGUUGUUACUUUUCAAACCCUGGGGACGUCUAAACUUUUUGAGAAAUAAACCUGGCCGGCUUAAAGAGAAGGCGUUCGGAGCAGACUAGGUGCUAUUUCCUCUUGCUUCACGUUGUCUUCACAUGCGUCACGAAUAGUUUUGUUCCUAAAAUUUGGCGAAAUCGAGUGCAGUUUAAAGUUAAGAUCAGUUUUCAGGGUUAAUAAAAUGUGUUGUCAUUUGUUUUUGGUAUCUAUGGCCUGAUAAAAGAGGGAAGAUUAUUUUUGUGGAUGGCGGGCAGGUUAAAUUUUUGUUUACGGAGGUGGUAGAUCUUUUUAUUUGAAAACUGGUCUUUUAAAUAUUUUUUUUGCAAACUGAAAAUAAGAUUUUUGAAUAAUUUUGAAAUUUAUUUCAGAAUUUUUUACCUAAUUUUAUUCAAAAACUAUUAAACAAAUUUGUAAAAUAGGAAAUAGAAUUUAGAAUGUUUUUGUUUUGUCAUCGGACCGUCACAGUCCACUUAUGUCAUUAAAGGCGAUAUUCAACAGCCCUCUUGAUCUUUCAUCAAAGCUAUGAUCUCAUUUUCUUCCAUUUUGAAACUAAAAAACUCCGGCGAGAAGGUUGGAAAACGGCCGUGAAAAGGUCUAGAACACAACAAAAACGCGCUGAUAAGUGACCUGUAACGACCUGCUUUAUAUUAUAGUAGUUUGUUACAUUAUCGCUUUAUUUAGCGCUUAACUAUUACUAGUCAUUUUAUUUUCAUUAUUUGUCUAGUCAUUAUUGGGUGGAUUAACUACCGCAUAUGUAAAAGUUUUAACUUUGUUACCUAAAAUAGGUUCUAUUUUGGUAUCUAAAAAUAUAUUUGUUCUACCCAUUCUAUUUUAUUUUCUAACAAUAAUAUUAUUCCAUAAUUAUUGAUAAUAUAUCCUUAUUAUAUUACUGUUGAAAGCGUUUUGAUUGGAAACUUGUUAAAACAUUGUAAAUGGCAUCUUAUUGUAGAUUCCCACCGAAGACGUCAACGGAAAGCAUGUCCAAGUUGUCAGCUCGUUCGUUGCGGAGUCUGCAACUUCUCCGACAACCGGCUUCGGCCCUCUCUGUUGCUCACUUCAGUCAAGUUGCUACGUAAGUUUUUUAAUAUUAUUAUUGAUGUUUUUAGGUUGAAUCUUAGAUGGUGCUAGAUAUAUUAUUCUUUUCAUUUUUAAAACGCAUAGUAAGUGUUAUUUAAAAAAGGUUAACUUGGGGUCAAAGUAUUAUUUUAUUUCUCAAAAAGAAACCUUUUUUAUCAGAAAAGACGUUUUUAUACGUUUGAUGUUGUGUAAUGUAAUUUUAAUGAGAAAAACGAAUGAGAAAGGAAAUUGUAUAACAAUUUAAGAACAAUUGUAUGAUAAUGUAAGAGAAACUGGAUGGAAGGUGUUAUGUUUGAUGUGUAAAACCCUAGAGUACACUUGUUGAACGUGACUACAAACUGAUUUGUAUAAAAGUAUGCAAAGUAAUAGUAAAGGUUUAUAAAUCAUCACGUGAAUUAUCAAAGUACUUGAUAAGGCUGUUUACAUUAACUGUUUUAUAUGGUUUAGCAUGACUAGUUAAUAUUUAUAUGUGUUACACAACAAUUUGCAAUAAAAAUAAAUUACAACAGUAGAUGAUAUACAAAAUAACAGACGAAAUUUGUAGAAAGAACAUCUACAAGUUCAAGCCAUUGACGACAAACAGUGUCAAUGUUCUGUUCAACGGGAAAUGGGUUCGUUUCUACAGCAGUAAGUUUAUUUUUACAGAUAUUGUAGCAGUUUGGAUUAGGUCGCGCUGUUUUGAAAUGCUUGAAUUUAUUGAAAUAGUUUUUGUUUUCAUUCGAAAUGAUCGAGUUUCCACGUUAAAUAGACUUUUCCUCAGGGCAAAUGUGAAUAUUUAUUUAUGUUUUUACUUUGUGGUGCAGAUCUUCAGCACGUUCACCAUGACGGUAAAGCGUUAUUAUGUGAGAUUUAAAACAUAAUUUUUAAUUUAAAACAAGAAUAGUUUAUGUUAAUUUAGCUUAUUAUCAGUAACUUGUUAAAUUCACAAUGUUUUGCCAAUCAUUAAUUUUUUGUUUUCAGCCGACCUACCAGAACAUGUUAAAGUAACACUACCAGCACUGUCGCCUACAAUGGAGAUGGGAACGAUCGUAUCUUGGGCUAAAAAGGAAGGUGAACAAAUUCAGGAGGGAGAUUUGUUGUGUGAAAUUGAAACCGACAAGGCCACGAUGGGCUUCGAGACGCCAGAAGAAGGUUAUCUGGCCAAGAUUCUGUUGCCAGAAGGAAGCAAGGAUGUACCUAUUGGAAAGGUAAGUCUCUCCUGGUUAACUUUAAUGUCAUAUCUAAUUUUUAGCUUUUGUGUAUCAUCGUCGAGAAUGAAGCUGAUGUAGCUCCAUUCAAAGACUUUAGUGCUUCUGAUUCAGCUGCUCCAGCUGCACCAAAACCAUCAGCCCCAGCUCCAGCUGCUGCUCCAACACCAGCUCCAUCUACCCCUUCAUUUACCCCACCCACAGCUGCCGUAUCACCAACUUCAGCUGCCUCAGCUCCUCCAGCUAGCGGUGAUCGCGUCAAAGCAUCGCCUUAUGCAAAGAAACUGGCAGCCGAACACGGUGUACCUCUAAGUCAGCUUAGUGGUUCUGGUCCAGGUGGAAGACUGAUCGCUAGUGACAUUUUAAAUGCUGCUCAAUCUGGAGGUCCUGCUCCGCCAGCUCACGGUGAGUUCUAUUAAAGACUAAGCAAUCGGGGUACUUCUUAAAAACUUGUUUUUAAGCAAAAAAUGUUGCAUUUAGGUCAUUUAAAGGAUUAGGUACUGAUUUAGUAAUAUCAUGACAUUGUAUUUUAGCUGCUGCCUCAAUCUCGCCAGCGUCUAGUCCGAGUGCAGCCACUGGUGGUGCUCCUCAACAUGCUUCAUACCAAGACAUUCCUUUGUCGAAUAUGAGAAAGACUAUUGCCAAACGGCUGUCAGAGUCUAAGUCUACAAUCCCCCACUACUACUUGACCAGCGAGAUUGUAGUAGACGAUUUGCUCAAGAUCAGGGAGAAACUGAACCAGAUCGUCGCCGCCGAGUCAGGAAAGGACGAAAAGCCGCACAAAAUCUCGAUCAACGACUUCAUAAUCAAGGCCUCUGCCUUGGCCUGUUUGCGUGUCCCUGAAGCCAACAGCUUCUUUAUGGACUCCUUCAUCAGACAGAACAACCAGGUGGAUGUGAGUGUAGCUGUGUCCACUGAUAAGGGUCUUCUCACACCGAUUGUCUUUGAUGCUGAUUCCAAGGGAAUUCUGCAGAUCAGCAAAGAAGUGCAGGCAUUGGCUGCCAAAGCUAGGGACGGCAAGUUGCAACCUCAGGAAUUCCAGGUAAGAUAUACUUUUUAAGUGAACAUUGUCAUACGAAAUUUGUACAUUUUAUAGGCUUUAGUCAUAUUAUUUUUGUUGUAUUACUAUGUGAUUUUAUAAAUAUUGUUUUAGGGAGGUACAUUCAGUGUGUCUAACUUGGGUAUGUUUGGAAGUGUAGACCAUUUCUCUGCCAUUAUUAACCCUCCACAGAGCUGUAUCUUGGCCAUCGGCGGAGCUUCGAAGAAAUUGUUGCCAAGUGAAGAUGGGUAAGUCAUAAAUAUGUUUUUUAAUUAAAAAUUUUUGAGUUUUGUGUUAUGAUGUACAAUGACAUUUAAUUUUUGACCAAAGUUUCAAUUUUUUCAGACACCGACAAGUAACAACGGUAAAAGUGACUCUCAGCUGCGACCACCGUGUUGUUGAUGGUGCUAUUGGUGCAGUCUGGCUGAAACACUUCAAGAGCUUUUUGGAGAAACCUCACACAAUGCUCCUCUAA